GUCUGUCACUCCUGUGAGUGGAGCAGUAGGGUAGGAAAGGGUUGUCGUUUUCUAAGCAGUGAAGUCAGUGUUUAGCUGCGUCUUGGUCAUGUCUGGAGUGUGGACUGUGCUGCUGCUCUGGGGCAUUGUCUUUGUCCCGGCUCUGUUGCAUGGAGCUCUGGUCAUCUCACGAGAAGACUCCACACCACAGGGCUCUGAUGGUGCUACAAGGAUACUAAAGAAAAGAAGUACAGAUAAUAUGAAGGUGGAGGUGUACAGUGUAAAGGUGGCCUGUAAGGUGGCGUCUCGUUUCGCUCACACGGUCAUAACCUCCAGUGCUCUGAACAAGGUCAACUCCUCUCAGGAAGUGUUCUUUGAGGUGGAUCUGCCCAAGACCGCCUUCAUCACCAACUUCAGCAUGGAGAUAGAGGGUCAGACGUACACGGGUGAGGUGAAGGAGAAGGAGAAAGCCAAGAAGCAGUAUGAGAAAGCUGUUUCCACAGGGCAGACCGCAGGACUGGUCAAGGCAUCAGGGAGGAAGAUGGAGAAGUUUUCAGUGUCUGUGAACAUCGCGGCCAAUAGUAACGUCACCUUCAUUCUGACAUACGAGGAGUUGCUUCAGCGUAAACUGGGCCAGUAUGAGAUCAUGACCCGGGUGAAACCCAAGCAGCUGGUCCAGCACUUUGAGAUUGUGGCAGAUAUCUAUGAACCCCAGGGCAUUGCCUUCCUGGAUGCCUAUGGAACCUUCAUCUCCAACGAGCUUCUACCUCUGGUGGAGAAAACAGUCACUGACAAAAAGGCACACAUCUCAUUCUGCCCAACAAUGGACCAGCAGAGAAAGUGCCCAGGUUGUGACGGCACCCUGAUUGACGGGGAUUUCUUUAUCAAAUAUGACGUGAACCGAGCUGAGACCCUUGGAGACAUCCAGGUAGUGAAUGGGUACUUUGUGCACUUCUUUGCUCCUCCGGACUUACCCAGAGUUCCAAAGAAUGUAGUGUUCGUCAUUGACAGGAGUGGGUCAAUGUCUGGAAACAAAAUGCGUCAGACAAGGGAAGCUAUGCUGACUAUCCUGAAUGACCUGCAUGAGGACGACUACUUUGGAAUUGUCACAUUUGACGACCAAAUCUCAACAUGGAAGGGAUCUUUGACCAAGGCCACCAUGGAAAAUGUGUCUGAAGCCAAAGGAUUUAUCAAAGAAAUACAGCACAGGGGAUACACUGAUAUAAAUGGUGCUCUGAUGAAAGCUGUGGACAUAAUGAUGAAAGACAAACAAGCCAAGAAGUUCACAGAGAGGAGUGUGUCAAUGAUUGUCUUACUGACAGAUGGAAUGCCAAACGCAGGAGUGUCUUCUACACCACAGAUUCAGGAGAAUGUCCGUGAUGCAAUGGGUGGGAACAUGUCUCUGUUCUGUCUGGGCUUUGGGAAUGAUGUGGACUACUCCUUUCUGGAUGUGAUGUCUAGACAGAACCAGGGACUGGCCCGGAGGAUCUACGAGGGCUCUGACGCCACUGUCCAGCUUCAGGGUUUCUAUGAGGAAGUAGCCAGCCCCCUCCUCUCCGAGGUGGACCUGCAUUACCCUGACAACCUGGUGAACUCUCUGACCACCAGCCACUACAAGCAGCUGUUCAACGGCUCAGAGAUCGUGGUAGCUGGCCGGCUCACUGAUAAUAGCUUGGAUAACUUCCUGGUGGAGGUGUUUGCAAAGGGGUUUGAGGAGGACUUUAUUGUCAAAGGCCAGGCUAGUGCCCAGGAGUGGGACAUACUGUACCCUGAGCAGGAGUACAUCUUUGGGGACUUCACUGAGCGUCUUUGGGCCUACCUCACCAUCCAACAACUGUUGAGCAAGAAAGAGACUGGAACUGCGGAGGAGAAGGGGAAUGCCACUGCCCAGGCUCUGGAGAUGUCCCUGCAGUACAGCUUCGUCACCCCUCUUACCUCCAUGGUGGUCACCAAGCCUGAGACUGAAGAGGAGCAAGAGGAACCCCUCAUCGCCGACAAGUUGACCGAGGAUGAAAGGCAGAAAGCCCAGAGAUUGGGUCCUUUUGUACCCCAGGUGGUGAGCAACACCUACAGGGUGCAGAACAUGCCCACAUACUUUGGUGGGUCCUCCUUCAUUCAGAGUGACCGUUGUGUCAGACAUGGGUUACUUCUGGAUUUUCUAUCUGUGGAUGGGGACCCUCAUUUCAUGAUUGAGUUGCCAGAGCAGAAGGAUGCACUGUGCUUCAACAUAGACGAUAGGCCUGGUACCAUCUUCAACCUAGUGAGAGACCAGCUGGCAGGUAUUUUGGUCAAUGGCCAGACCAUUGGGGAUAAGAAGGUGGCCCCUGAUGGCAAAGUGAACACCUACUUUGGUCGCUUUGGCAUUGUUCACCAGGGGCUGGGGGUGAGACUGGAGGUGACCACUCAUGACAUCACUGUGUCCCAGGAUGGCAAGCAGGCCAAACUCCUCUGGUCUGACACCGCCUCUCUCAAGGGAGCCAAUUUAGACCUGCAGGUGACCAAAGACCGCAGCUUGACUGUCACCCUCAGGGACUCGGUCCGGUUUGUGGUCAUCCUACACAAGGUGUGGAAACAGCACCCCUACCACCAGGACUAUCUGGGCUUCUAUACCCUGGACAGCCACCUCCUCUCCCCCAGCGUCCACGGCCUGCUAGGUCAGUUUUACCAUGGGGUGCAGUUUGAGGUGAGAAACAUGCGCCCAGGGGAGGAGCCAGAGAAACCAGAUGCCACCAUGCUAGUGAAGGGGCAGGAGCUUACAGUGACAAGAGGCUGGCAAAGGGACUUCCGCUGGGAUGUGAAGAAUGGAGAGAACGUCCCCUGCUGGUUCAUCCAUAGCAACGGCAACGGCCUCAUCGAUGGAAACCACACAGAUUACAUCAUGUCUGGACUCUUCAAGACCGUCUGAGCCUGUUACACUAGCAGUCAACCUCCUCAAACAGUACAUACAAUACAUCAGUCACACGUUUCACAUGGAUUCAACACACUGUAUGUGCUAUAGACAUACCAUCAUGACAUGAGAAUAAUUCAUAGAUAAUGUAAGAUAAAAUCAGACCGAAGUACAUUUGAUUAAAAGAUAAGUGGCAGGAUAGAGAACUGCUGUCAAAUACAUUCAAUGUUUUCAUAUUGAUAUGGGAUAGUGAUGACAAAAACCUGUUGAAAUAAAUGGGCCCACUUCCACCUAA